CGAUGUCCUAACGGAGGAUGAGGCUCGGGUGGUGGUUGCGGAUGUGCUGUCAGCGUUGGUGCACCUGCACGCCAUGGGUUUCGUUCACCGCGACCUCAAACCCGAAAACGUCUUCGCAGCACCUCUAGACCCCUCCUGCUUGGGACUGGCGGCAACCCCGGCUUCCGCUUUCGGGGCGGGGACAGGGCCGACGGGCGGAAGAAAACACGGCAGCGGGCGUGCCGGGGGCGCGGAAGGAGGUGGAGUUGGAGGUGGUGGAGGAGCAGGCCACGACCCCGUGUCUUGUUGGCGUCUGGGCGACCUGGGCAGUGCGGUUGAGCUGGCAGCUGUGUGCGAGCCAGGGGGGGCACCGGGACUCCUUCAGCUGGAGGGAUCGCCUCCCUUCCUGGCUCCUGAAUACGCAGCGCUGUGGAUAGCGCCCCCCGGCUCCCUCACGCCCCAACAGCUGCAGCUAGCCACCACACCCAAGUUGGACAUAUGGGGAGUCGGAGCCCUGUUGUUCGACGUUCUCAUCGGCCACCCGCCCUUCAGUAAACCCGCCGUACCUGCUGACGCCGCCGUCGAUGCCACCGACGGGCACUCAACCUCCGCCCCUACGACCCCUGCUACCACCACCGCUACCACCACCGCAACACAAUCAUCAUCCGCAGCAGCAGUAGCAGCAGCAGCAGCACCCGGCGGUGUUACAACCCGAAUGAACUUAC